AUGGCUGAGUCUCGCGGUGGUUUCGGUCGUGGUCGUGGUGGACCCCGUGGUCGUCGUGGACGCCGCGGCCCCAAGCGUGACGAGGACAAGGAGUGGGUCCCCGUUACCAAGCUCGGUCGUCUUGUGAAGGACGGCAAGAUCAAGUCCAUGGAGGAGAUCUACCUCUUCUCGCUCCCCAUCAAGGAGUACCAGAUCAUCGACCUCUUCCUCCCCACCCUCAAGGACGAGGUUAUGAAGAUCAUGCCCGUUCAGAAGCAGACCUCCGCCGGUCAGCGCACCCGCUUCAAGGCCUUCGUCGCUGUCGGUGACUUCGACGGCCACGUCGGUCUCGGUGUCAAGUGCGCCAAGGAGGUCGCCGGUGCCAUCCGCGGUGCCAUCAUCCUCGCCAAGCUCUCGGUCGUCCCCGUCCGUCGCGGCUACUGGGGUUCGCACAUCGCUGAGCCCCACACCGUCCCCAUGAAGGUCUCCGGCAAGUCUGGCUCCGUCAUGUGCCGUCUCAUCCCCGCUCCCCGCGGUACCGGCAUUGUCGCUGCCCCCGCUUCCAAGCGCAUGCUCCAGCUCGCCGGUAUCCAGGACUGCUACACCCAGUCCAAGGGUAACACCGCCACCCAGGGCAACUUCCUCAAGGCUACCGUUGCUGCCCUCUCCAAGACCUACCAGUUCCAGUCCCCCGACCUCUGGAACGUCAUCCCCGUUGGCCAGACUCCUUACGACGAGUUCUCCAACCACCUCGCCAUUGCCGCCCGCAAGGCCGCUGCUUACUAA